UAUAUCCCCCGUAAAUCAUGUACGUGCUCCGCCUCCGGAAGUAAAUUACGCGGUACACAUACACACACAGGUAGUGGGAAAUGGUACCGUGUUGAGCUUCCAGAGGCCCACAAACACGGUUUCUCUCGAGCGAGGCAAAGAUGUUUAGAAUUCCACUAUCUCUCCCUACUCUGGUAGGAAUUGUAUUAAAUGUUAUUUUGUUUAAAUCUGAAGCAAGCUCUGGAGUACUGACAUGCACGAGCCCCUGUCAACAAACGGAUGCAACUGGAGCUCCAGGUAUAUCUUUACCACCAUGCGUUAUAAGUACCACAAGUAGUUGUGAAACCGAUGGCACUGUACCUGUCAAUCAGGCACCUGGUCCUCCCCUCCAGGUUGGCUUAGACUCCUACUCCUCCUCCUACAUAGCAACAGAUGGGAAGAUUUAUCUUGAUCUGGCCCCUCGCUGGAAGGCUUCGACAGAUCGUAUCAACUAUUUGACUGGAUAUGAAGUUAAAGUCAUGUGUCACCAAAGUAUUUGUGCAACGCAAUCCUUCUGUGUCACAAUAUUAUUCAACAGAACAUUGACGGUUAGUGAUGCUCAGUCCAAUUUCUCAGUGACAUGCCAGUAUGGGGAUUUUGCACAGCCUGACAUGGAUUACAUCACCAUUAUCCGCAGCCUACCAAACAAUGAUGAUAAUUCAAAUGAAGGAAGAUUUCUAACAAAACUCCCAAGUUGUGGACAGGAAUCAAAUUUAACUGUAUGCAAUAUUGAAUCACCUAACGAUUGGAGACCACCUUUUCGACCAACCCUUACUCAAAUUGCCAAUGGUUCCGUGCAGGUGACUUUUUGGCCUAGCAAUAAAUAUACAGUCUAUGAAGUCAUGCUUCAAAAACAAGAAGGCAACUACGAGCACUAUCAGGUGACCUACAGGUUCAAUCCCAUGCUAAACUUGGAGAAUUCUUCUCCUACUGUGCUUUUCAACAACGUGCUAGAGGGAACUUAUACAGCAUAUGUAUGGAUUAGUGAAACACUGUGCGAUGGAUGUCCAUGGAUUAACUCCUAUAAUAACAUUGCUGUUAAAGCUAUGCCUACUCCUGCCUCAUCUACGACCCAUCCUUCAUCAUUGACGACCCCCUCUAACCCAACCACGUCCCCUACAGCCACGCCUACACCAUCUUCACAUCUACAUACCUCCCUCAGACCAGAGGUCAAACCGAAGGUCAAACCGGUGGUCACACCGGUGGUCAAACCGGAAGCCAGUCUUCCAUUGGCAACACUCUCUGGAGCUCUGGGUGGAGUCCUAGGCCUAUUACUGAUGGUCCUGAUCUUGUUUUUUAUCGUCCGUUCCUACAUGAGGAGCAGAACGCCUGGUCCUCCCAAGGAGACGAGGCAUGGAGGUGACCCGACACUAUCAUCCAUGUCUCAUCACAAGAACAUUCCUUAUAAUGACUGUGAUUCUCUGAAUGGCACCCAGUACAUCAAUCACUUCACUCUGUCGAAUGGAACCACCAUCUACUCAGACGACCCCACCUGCAGAUUCACCAAUCCCUCCAUGGUACCAGCAACUAUUCACCAUGACAAUAUGAUCAAUGGAAGACUGAAUUUGCAGGAGAGUCAGUUUUAUGCCGAUUCUAUGCCUUACAAAGAAAUGGAUAGCAUCAGUAAAGUUGUGGAUAUCCAUUCCCCCGUGGACGUCCAAACAUCCUCUAAAUGUGAGCAACCGUCAUCGCCCGACUCUGGUUUAGAGUCACUGUACUCAGAUGGAACAAUGGAGGAUGGGAGAACACUGUUCUCUUUAGCUUUAACUUCUUUGGGGGAUGAAGUAUAGUAGAAUCUCAAUGCACAUUCCCUAAUGCCUUUUAUCAUUUAAUGAGGAAUAGAACAUAUCAGAGUAAAGAUUCAAGAUAUUUCCUGCUCCUUACAAAUUGUACAUUUUCGUCAACGAAUUAGUGAUAAGGUACUGCGCGAAGUUGGGUUACAUCAGAAGAUAAACGACUUUCCUAGUGUUAUUUCACUCUCAUUCUAUCAUCACAUAAUGGAGGGUAUAGUGUAUUAGUAGUGCACGUUAUCUACAAAUUGUGUUUUUCAUGAUAAAGUGGUCUACAGUAUUAAUAUAUAGACCUUAAGAGUACCAAUCAAAUUUAUACAAUUUAUUUGUGUACAGCUUUAAUGUAUAAAAUCAAACUAAAAUAGAUCAGCCGGCAUUCUAUGGGUUAAAAAAUAAGGAGUAUGAAGAUAAAUAAAGAAUAAUGCGUCAGAAGUUCAACUUAAGUUAUGUACAUGUGCUUUCCUAUACAAUCAUCUACUGGAGCAAGUUUCUUUCAUGCUAUUUAAAUACAUAAAUGAAACUCACUCCAUAUCUUUUUGAGAAGCAAUAUUUGGAGGUCUUAUCUUGGUUUAAGUAUAGCGACAUGGAACCCUCGCAUACAAAGUAAAGUACGUUGGGGUUAUUUGCAACCUUUAAGUUGGCUGCAAACCAUGAUUAGGAUCGCACAGUCACGGAGGAUCUUAAUUUCAAAGAAAGUUUGCCAAUGUUGAAUAUGUCAAGCCAAAGAGCAUUAUGUGUCCUAGAAUCCUAUGAACUAUUUUCUCUGACAAAUCUAGUAUACCUUACAAUCUGUUUGUUUAAGAUGUUUUUUAGUGAGAUUGUAAAUAAUGAUUUUGGUAUGAAUGUAAUAUUUAGCUCUUUUGGUAACAAAUAAAGAACAAGUAAAAUUGAAGUAGUCAAUACGUGUGCAUGUUAGAAAAGAGCACCGCCCUGUCAUGUGUUAUCUUUUGGCCAUUUAAUUCCCUUGCCAACAUUUUAUACAUGUUUUUCAAAAUAAAAUAACAUGAGCCAUAUUUUAUUAGAAAGUAAGAGUGUAUUGAUAUAGAUGAUACUUGCACUUCCUUUGAAAUAUAUUCAGAAUAUUUCAAUAUGAUAUCUAUUUAUUCCAGAUUGUGUUCUAGCCCUUUUUGACUUUCAUUUAUGUUGUUUCUCAUGACAUCUGUGUUCCAGGCAGAAGAAAAUAUUUAUGUUAUAUACUUUGAUACAAUGUUAAUACCUUUCUGGCUCUGAACAGAUUACAUUAAGGGGCUGUGUGCCUUCAAGUAGAUAUAUGUUCAUAAUUCAUAUAUGUAUCUAAAUAUGGAAUUACGUUGUCACCCACAAGGGCUUACGUAGUCAUACUGUACCUCUAGGUAAAAAUUAGAUACAUAAUAUAUUUUCCUCUAAUUUAGGACAUGAGUUUACCAAAAUGGCAGUCACUUCCAGUUGGACAUCCAAGCAGGAUGGGUUUGAAAAGUAUUUUGGUGAUAAGGACAUUUAAUGAAUCAUUCAGAGCAUUCACUAAAAAGAAAGGUGAAUUGUGAACAUACUCUACAAAGUGAAUAUAUAUUUCAAAGUUGGACAUUCAAACAGGAUGGGUUUGAAAAGCAUUUUGGUGAUAAGGACAUUUAAUGAAUCAUCUAGAGGAUUCACUAAUU